AUGGAUUGCUCGAUGACUAGCAGCGUCCUGUCGGCCAACUACAACACCAUCCUCUUCGAGUUCGGCGUCACCCUCGUCACCAGCAAGAUCCUCUAUGCCCUCCUCCGCAACGUCUACCAGCCGCGCGUCUUCUCCGACCUCCUCCUGGGCAUCAUCCUCGCGCAGUUCCGGGUUCUGUCCAUCACCAACGCCAUCAACCUGGUGUUCGGCAAGAUCGGCAGCUUCAUCUUCGCGCCCUACCUGUUCGCGCUGGGCGUGGAGAUGGACCCCUUCGCGCUGCUGGACGGGCCAACCGGCGACGCCGUCGUCGCCUACGCCGGCAUCAUCUCCACCUGCGUCCUCGUCACGCUCUUCCACACCCCCGUCAUGCAGGACAAGGGUGGGAUCGUGCACGAGCUCUCCCUCCGCGCCUUCCUCGGCCUCGCCAUCGCGCUCUCCAACACCGCCUCCCCCGUGCUCACCCGCCUCGCCACCGACCUCAAGAUCGCCAAGACCAACGUCGGCCGCCUCGCCGUCGGCGCCGGCAUCACGUCCGACUUGGUCACCACUCUCCUCAUCGCGCUCGGCAGCAUAAUAUGGCGCGACAGUGACGCUGACGGCACUGAAGGCCCCGGCUUGUUCCGGCAGCCGGCGCUCACAGCGGCCGUGCUAGUGGUGGUUGUCAUGUCCGGGUUCGUGUCCAGGGCAAUGGCGGACUGGGUGGACGGGCGCAACCCGGAGGGCCGGCGCAUGCGCGGGUUCGACCUGUCUCUGGUGGCGCUGGUGGCGGCGACGCUGUGCUGGUUCAGCUCCGUGCUCCGCCUCGACGUCAACAUGGCCGCGUUCCUCGUCGGCCUCGCGUUCCCGUGCGACGGGAGGGUGUCGCGGCUGCUGGUCAGCAAGAUCAACUUCGUGCUCAGCUCCUUCGUGCUUCCGCUCUACGUCGCCCACGUGUGCCUCUCGCUCCGGCAGACCACCGACGACAUCGAGGCCUCGGGGUUGACGAAGAACGAAGGGCUGCGCGUCUACGUCAUGAACCUGCCCUUCCCGUGGUGGAAAGUGUUCUUCGUCACCGCCAUGGGCACGCUGGGGAAGCUCGUGGGCUGCGCCGGCGUUGGGCUUCUCCAGGGGCUUGGCUGGCUGGAGGCGCUCGCGCUCGGCAUGCUCCUAAACGUCAAGGGGUACUUCCACAUCUACUGCGCGCUGGCCGCGUUCGAGUCCGGGAUAAUCACGGACAAGUCGUUCAUGGCCAUCAUCUUCAUGGUGGCGCUCAACGUGGCGGUGACGCCCAUGGUGGGCAUGGGGAUCGCGUCCUGGGCGCGCCGGAGCGUGCAGUGGCGCCUCAUGGGGCUGCAGCACCACGACCCGUCUACGGAGCUGCGCCUCGUCGUCGGCCUCCACGGCCCUCAGGACGUGCCCACUCUGGCGUUCCUCAUGGAGACGCUGCGGUGGGGCGCCGGCAAUGGCGAGCUGGCAUGCUACGCCGUGGACAUGGUGCAGCUGACGGACCAAACGGCCGCGACCAUCGUCAAGGGAGGCGGGUUCGAUGGGGUGACUGUGGUGGACGAGGAGGUGUCAGAGAUGCGGAAGCUCAUCGGCGAGGCGCUGGACGCGUACCAGGCGGACUGCGGCGGCGACAGCGACAAGGUGAAGGUGCGCAGACUGCUGGCGCUCUCCUCCUUCCCGGACAUGCACAGCGACAUCUGCAUCUGUGCCGAGGACGCGAUGGCAGCGCUCAUCCUUCUCCCGUUCCACAAGACCCAGUGCCUGGAUGGCACCAUGGACGGCGGCCACUUCGGGUUCCGGCUGGUGAACCAGAAGGUGCUGCAGCUAGCGCCAUGCUCAGUGGGGAUCAUGGUGGACCGAGGCUUCGGGAAGCAGCGCUCCCCUACCAUGACGAUGCCAGAUGCACCGCAGAGCGCGGUGGUGGUGGUCUUCAUCGGCGGCGCCGAUGAUCGGGAGGCGCUGACGCUGGCGUCCUUCAUGUGCAAGCAUCCCGGGAUGCGGCUCACGGCACUUCGGAUCGUGCAGAACGCGACGGCGCAGGCUCGGGCCAAGGCGAGGACGAGCCUGUUCGAGUCCAAGAGCAGGCGGAACAUCCAGCAGCCGGCGUCGGUGCUGGGGCAGGAGGAGCUACAGGCGCAGGCGGACGACAAGUACUUCGCCGAGUUCUACCGGAAACACGUCGCAGGGAACAAGGCGGUGGGGUACCUGGAGAAGCACGUCGCCGACGGGGCGGAGCUGGUAUCGGUGCUGCGCGGGAUGCAAGGGGAGUACCGGCUCUUCGUCGUCGGCAGAGGGAGGGACCGGAACUCGGUGCUCACGGAGGGGCUGGAGGAGUGGGCCGAGUGCCUCGAGCUCGGCCCUGUCGGCGACAUCCUGGCCUCGUCGGACUUCUCCACCACGGCGUCGGUGCUCAUCGUGCAGCAGUACGACGCCAAGAAGCACUACAAGGUCAUCGAUGAGGAAUUCAUGCCAUUGUGA